AAAUCAUUAAUAGUUCAUCCUCUUACAUAUAAAAACGUUACACUCUCAUCUUUCUACCUCAGAAUACAAUCAAACUACUAAUAACAUCAUCUUUUAUAUCGUCUCACAUUCCCCACCAAAAUGUCCAUCAUUCUCACAUCCUUUACUCUAUCCACCCUGAUCCUGAACACCUUCGCUGCCCAUCAAAUCAACGUAAUCAACCGCUGCUCCGAAACCGUAUGGGUGGGAACCUUCGGCGACAACCAAAUCCCUGCCGGUGGUGGUUUCAAACUUAAUCCGGGACAACGCCAAAGCUUCUCCACGAUCGAUGGCUGGACUUCUGGCCGCGUCUGGGGGAAAACCGGAUGUGACUCAAAUGGCAAUAAUUGCGUGACCGGAAACUCUCCACCGGGUGGAAGGACGACUUUACAACCUGUAACACUAGCCGAAUUCGGAUUCGACAAAUUCAUGGGGCUGGACUUUUAUGACUUGAGCUUGGUUGACGGUUUCAACCUGCCCAUGGCGAUUCAACCCUUUGGUGUAAACUUGGACCAGAAUUGCAAACUGUUGCGGUGUCAGUUCAACUUUAACGUGUGCCCAAAUGAGAGAAAUUUCCGACAAUUUGACAGCCGAGGAAGGAUGGUGGCUUGCAAUAGUGGAUGCAGUGCGAAGAGGGAGGACAAAUAUUGUUGUACUGGGCCGUACUAUAAUAAUCGUGAUAACUGUCAACCAACCGAAUAUUCGAGACUGUUUAAGGAUCAAUGUCCAGACUCGUAUAGUUACGCGUACGAUAAGAAAGACGCGGAUUGGGCGUGUAAAGGAAAGUCAGCGGGGUCAUCGGGAUAUGAGAUUACUUUUUGCCCCUAGUUUUAUUGUUGUUAAAUUAAAAUUCUAUUAUUUAUUUGAAAUAAAGUUCGAAUUAUAUGCGAAACAUAGCAA